CGCCAUUCAUCUCGGAAGAAUCAUUCUUUAACAGACUGGAAGGGUGAUCUGCCUGGUCCUGUGCGCGUACCUUUGAUGUCCCGCUGCGUUUUUAUGUAGGUGCCCAUGCUAAAGCCGCAGAAAGGAGGAUGUUGUGAUGAAACAUUGUGAGCAAACAGAACAGAGCCCAGGGUGAAGCAAGCCCCGGCAGAGAGAGGAGACGGCCAACAGAGACGCUACACACAGACGUGGCGGCGGGACCGCCCAGGUGCAGGAGAGAUGACGCAGUCCCUGCAGACUCAGAAGCUGCCCGGUCUGGGAGCUCCCUUUCCCUACAGCACACAGGGGGGUUCGUACUCAGUCCAGACACCCUAUGGCUUCCAGCUGGACCUGGACUUCCUGAAGUAUGUGGAGGAGAUUGAGAGUGGCUGUAAGCUCCGUCGACCACCCAAACUGUCCCAGAGGAGCUCAGGGGCAGGGUGGUGCCCCCCCAGCAACUGGAGGGUCAAAGCGGCUCUGUCCCCUGCGUCCAGCGAGGACAGUCAGGGGGGUCUGCUGGAACACACCCCCUCAGCACCCUCCGAAAUGCUAUCCCGCCCCCCCUCAUCCGUUGUAGGCACAGAGACACCCCCACCCCCAUCACGGGCGUCGCUGGCACGUGGUCCUACAGAACCAGGGCAGGGGGCCAAAGUGUCCCCUCACUCUCCGGUCUCUGGGGAUGGGUCUUCAGGCCGGGAUGUCCACCUGCAGCUCGACGCCCCUGCUGGUCCCCUUCACCUGCCCCGGAGCAGCCGAGGGGGAGACAGCGACAGCACGCAGGCCACUCCUGACCCCCCCACAGAGCUGGGCGUGGCCCUGCAGCAGCUGAGGGAGAUGGAGGAGCGUGUGAGGGGCAUGGUGGCCCUGGAGAGCGAGGUGGGGGAGCUCCGUGCGGAGAGGGACAGGCUGCUGCAGGCUCUGCAGGGGGGCACAGUGACUCAGGAGCGCCCUCUACCUGCGGGGGGUAUGGUCGCAGGGGGGCGGGGGGAGCCACGUGACAGGGAACGCCCACCUCACCCAGCCAGCCACGCCCACAGCAGGGUGCAGACGGCGGUCAGGAGGUGGGUGAGAGAGGAGGGGGAGGGGGAGCGCUCAGAGAGAUUUCCCGAAACAGGUGGAGUGGAGGCGGAGAGGAGGACGGUGGCGGUGGGGGACGACAGGCCGCUGGAGAGGAGUGUGUUUUGGAGGGAGGUGAGGGACGUUGCCGUGGGAAUGGUCGCUGUGGUGACCCGCGAGACAGGAGUGGGGACGGACGAAACAGAGAGGUGUGAGGUGGGGGUGCAGGUCGGAGCAGACACUGCUGAGGUCUCGCUCAUGACAGAGUCCGAGUCAGACGGGGAGGUGGGUGCUCUGCGAGACACCGUGAGGCUCCAGCGGGAGUCCAUUCAGGUCCUGGAGGCCCGACUCGGCCGGGCCCAGCGGGAGAGGGAGGCGCUGAGGAGGUCCAGGAGGGAGGCAGAGAGGGAGGCCUUCACCUCCUCAUACAGGAGCAGCGAUGAGGCCGAACGCUGGGACUCCACACCCCGGAGAAACAACCAGCAAACACAGACAGAGAUCAGGGAGUGGGCGGGUGAAAAAACCUCUCCAGCAGUGACCAGCAGGGGGAGCCAGUGGGAAAGCCCUCAUGAGGGGGACGAACUUGCUGUAUCCAUAGUAAUGGGGGGACAGGUGACCACUGCUGGGGAAGGGACAGUCAGUGUAAUGGAGAGAGAGGAAGGCAGCUGUCAGGAGACAAGGCCCUUCAGACCUCCUGCAGUUGUGCUGAAGUCCAUAAUGAAGAGGAGGGAUGACCCUGGCUCUGCUGAUCCAGGCAGGAAGAAGAGUCUGCAGUUCGUGGGGAUUCUCAAUGGAGGGUACGAGUCGACCUCCAGCGAGGAAGAGGAGGAUGAGGAGCUGGAGGAAGGCAGCUCGUCAAGCACAGGUGGGGCAGGUGUGUUCUCAGACAGCAGCGAGGGAGACAUGGAGCCGCUGGAAGACACCUCCUCCGAGGAGAGGAACAUCAGCCUGGAGGACAGCGACAGCGACCUGGAGGAGGCGGCCAGAGGCGAGAGCGAUGACAGCGAUGAGAAGUUCGAGCUGAGUGCAAAAAUGCGUGACGCCUUCCUCGUCCUCAGAGAGCACCUGCACGAUGACGCCAGCGCUCUGAAUGGAGAAGACGUGCUGUCCUGCAGUCGCACCGUGCGGCUCGAAUGGUUCCGAGUCUCCAGCGGACCUUCGGCUCGGCCCGCCCACCUCGCCAGCUUCCUGUCCGCCUUCUCGGAGGCCUUCCCCGGCCUGCAGGAGGGCGUGGUCAACAUGACGGACAGCAACGGAAACUCCGCCCUGCACUACAGCGUCUCCCACUCCAACUUCGGCGUGGUCAGUCUGCUGCUGGACACCGGUGUGUGUCAUGUGGACCGCAGGAAUAGGGCGGGGUACACAGCCAUCAUGCUGGCGGCUCUGGCCUCAGUCAGAGAGGAGGACGACAUGCAGGUGGUGAGACGGCUCUUCAGCGCAGGAGAUGUCAACGCCAAGGCCAGCCAGGCCGGGCAGACGGCGCUGAUGUUGGCGGUCAGCCACGGGAGGCAGGAGAUGGUCCAGGUGCUUCUGGACUGCGGGGCUGACGUUAACGUGCAGGACGACGAGGGCUCCACCGCCCUGAUGUGUGCCUGUGAGCACGGCCGCGCUGACAUCACCGCCCUGCUCCUCCAGCAUCCUGGCUGUGACUGCUCCCUGGUGGACAAUGAUGGCAGUAAUGCCCUCUCCAUCGCCAUGGACGCGUCCCAUGGUGACAUCGCUGUGCUGCUCUACGCCCACAUGAACAGCUCCAGUGCUCCGCCAGCGAGGACCUGUCAGCCAAUGCCAGGAAGUCCUUCUAUUCCCAAAAAGACAAGGACGCACGAGUGACCACCAACCACAGAGGAGGAGGAACUGAAAACCGGACUCCAAAUUCCACAGCACUUAACCUCCUCUUCUGGCAAAACAAAUGGCAACAUUUGACAUACUUAAAACGUGCAUAUCUAUAAUUUGUAAAUUCCUACAUUUUGCAUUUUAAAAUUAUUUUUGAUAAAUACUAUAUAUUGUACCAGUGUUGUCCCACUGUGCCAGACUUUUACACCUCUAAUCCUGUAAUCUGAAAGCCGCUCUAGAAGGGGACGAAUGUAACAGUUGCCCAUUAACACUGCAUGUCAUGUAAAAUCCCACUUUUGAGUGGAUUCUUUUAUCACUUCAGUAUUUUCAAAUCAUCUACAGCAGUACCCAGAUCUGUGUUUCCCUUUAAAGUGCUCAUUUACAGAUAACUGCACUGUACAUUUCCAUCUGUUUCUUUGUGCCCAAAAUAAACAA